AAACUGAACAUUUUCAUGUUCUUGGAAUGUUACAAAUCAACGUUCUUAGAAUGUUGAAUUUUAGAUCAAAAUUAAGUUGAAAGAACGUUUGAGGAACAUUAUCCCUUAUAAAAACGUUACUGUAACGUCAAGAAAACUGGACGUUUUUAAUGUUCCCAGAACCAACACUGAAUAUUUAGAGAAUGUUCUUAUAACAAAAUUCUGUUAGCUGGGUUCAUGUUUAUAAUCUGGAAACAACAGUCUAGAUUGUCUUGUCACAUCUCUUCACCACAGACCAAAACAAAACAUGAAGGUGACAAAAUGUUUAAAGCUGGUUUCCACCUUCUACAGCUUCCUCACUUUGAGUGGGGGCGCGGCUGUAGGAUAUGGUAUAUGGUCACAAAUGCAGAGCAAGGUAUCUGACUUGUUUAAAACAGUUGAUGAUGCGACACUUACUGCGUUUCUUUCCCUGGGGGCCCCGAUGCUGAUCGCUCUGGGCUGCAUCUUCGCUCUGAUGGGUGUAAUUGGCUGUUUGGGCACUUUGAAGAAAAAAAGCUGGAUGCUCUUGGUUUUUUUCGUCGUUGUGCUCAUCAUCUUCAUUCUCCAGGUCAUCGUGGCAGUGUUUCUGGUCCUCCCCUAUUCUGUGAAAGAAAAAGCUUUGAGCAGCUUAGAGAGCAAAAUGAUAAAAAGCCUUCAGGAGAGCUAUAAAGAGAAUGACACUUCAAUCACUCUCGUAUGGGAUGAAACUAUGAACAAGCUGCGUUGCUGUGGAUACAAAGGCUAUGAAGACUUCCCAUCUAUGAUGACCAAGUAUCAUACACAAUGCUGCGGUGAAACACAUUCAACAUGUAGUAAAGAAGAAGCUGAAAAAAAGAAAGUAAGGGGCUGCAUUCAACUGCUGUUGACCGAAAACAUUCCCAUUUCUGGAGCUUUGUCCUUUUUGAUCGGCAUUCUAGAGAUUGUUGCCUUGGUCGUUUCCCUGAAAGUCUACCGAUGCUUGAGACGCAUACCUGAUCUCCCGGGCUCCUUUGAAAAUAAUCUGUGAUAAACAACUUUUUAUAAA